AUGGCGCAGGCAAAAGGCCGGCAAGAUGGCGCGAUGACGGUGCAAGUCGCGGUCCGUGUGCGCCCAGAUAUGGUGGAGGGCGCAUCUCGCGCGUUGCCGCGGCCACUCCGCACGGUAGUGCAUCCGAAUUCAGAAACCAGCUUGGCGGUCGAGACAAGUGGGCCCACCGCGCAGCGCGAUCCGCGCCCCAACUUUACGUUUGACCGGGUGUAUGAUGCAGACUCUGCGCAGGAAGAAAUAUAUAAUAACAGUGUGGAACCAUUGAUCCAGCGCUUCUUGGACGGGUACAACACUACCGUAUUUGCCUAUGGCCAAACCUCGAGCGGUAAAUCGUACACGAUGGGCACCUGCGGCGAGAGUGAGGCGUAUACGGAGGAUGGUUUGGCUGAUAUGAUCCAUCCUCAGGUCGGUAUUAUACCCCGCGCCGCGCAGCGCGUGUUUGCGAGUCUUGAUGAAAGCCUCGCGGAGUCGCCUGGCGCGGAGCACAGCUUGCAAGUCAGUUUCCUGGAGCUGUACAAUGAAGACCUCAUUGAUUUGCUGGCUGAGCCAGACAUAGACGCGACGAAUCAGGUCCAGAUCCGUGAGACGCGCGUCGGCGAGAUCGUAUGGACGGGACUGCGCCAGUACGAGGCCAACGACGCGCUCGACAUCAUCGAGCUGCUGAAAUGCGGCAUGGAUAUGCGUCAAACGCACGAGACAGAAAUGAACACGCAGUCUUCGCGCUCGCAUGCCAUCUUUUCCCUUACACUCACACGGUCCAGGCCGCGCGCCGCGAGCCCCGAACGCGGUGCGCCGCUCGCAAUCCCACAAACGCCGCGCGCCUCGGGCUUGCCGAAACUAGGCGCAAAGUCUGCAUUGCGCACGCCGUCGCGCCCCAUCACGCCGACACGCACACCAUCGCGCAUUUUGCGAGCGCGCCAAGCCGAGGCGGACGCUGUAGUUACCACGAGCAAGCUGCAUUUCGUCGAUUUAGCCGGCUCGGAGCGUCUCAAGCGCACCGCCGCGACGGGCGACCGCGUAAAAGAAGGCAUCUGCAUCAAUUCCGGCCUGCACGCACUGGGCAAUGUGAUCAGUAUGCUGAGCGAUCCAGCCAAGGCGCGGCGCCCAAUGCAUAUUCCGUACCGCGACAGCAAACUUACGAGGCUACUGCAGGAUAGUUUGGGCGGAAACGCACACACACUGAUGAUUGCGUGCGUAUCUUCCCUAGAAAUGAACGUGAACGAGACACUCAACACGCUGUAUUAUGCGCAGCGCGCGCGGCACAUUCGCAACUCUGUCGAGCGCAACCAGACCGAGGCAGGCUGGAACAAUGUGGAGCAUUUGCAAACGCAGGUGCUGCGGCUGCGCAAAGAGCUGGACCUCAUCCGCGUCUCGCACGAACUGCUUGUCGCAGCACCGGAACAAAAAGGUCCUAGCUUGGUUCACUCCGACCAUGCACAGGCACUGCUCGCGUGGCAAGAAAAGUACUCGGCGCUGAGUCGCAAAAACGUGCAACUAACCGCGGAGCUCCUUCAGCUCAACAGGCAGCAGCGGCCAAACGCGCUCCCGACAACGCCAGGCGAUUUCUUGGCGAAUGCAGAGCCUGUGAUUGUAGAGUACGAAAAAACAGUGGAUGCACUUGAAGGGCAACUAAACGUGCUCAAAGCGUCCGUUGCGUACUCGGAAGAGCUCCUCAAGGAGCGCGAACAGGCGCUUUUGCUUGCAAACGCGCGCGCGACGAGCGCGGAAAACGAGGUGGAUUUGUUGCGUGCUACGGUGCGCGAUCUGCACGAGCGACUGGACGACAGUGUAGAUGAAUUGGAAAGCAGCCGCCGCAGCCAGCACAGCGCGUUGGGACUGGGACGGCCGGGUGCUGAGAGCGAUGCGCUCAAAGUGAGUACGCUGGAGAGAGUGCAGCGUGCAUGCAGCGGCAUGCUGGGAUACAAAAGCCGGACCGUGUCGAGCCAAUCGCAAGCUACAGAAGAUGCGCCGGAUACGACGGCACUCAGUGCGCUGCUGGUCGGCGACACCAGCGAAAACUCGAUGCUGCUUGGCCCCGGGGGAAAAGAGGAUGUAGAGCAGGAGGGGGAGAGGCUGCGCCUGCUCAAUAGGCUGCUUGAGCCUGGAAUUAAUGCGCGCGAAAGCAACCUACGCGGCUCCUUGCUGCACUGGGUCCAAUCGCAAGACAACAGUGUGACAGACGAGGUGCAGUGCCGCACAUGUGGGCUUUAA